AUGAGUGAAAUCGAUUCCGUUGGAAUUGUUCUUUGGGGAAAAGAAAAGGUAGGCAAAUCGUCCAUAGUGAACGUUUGGACAAAUACUCCACAACCUUCUUCAUAUGACCACCACGAACCCCGCAAAGUCGAGACGGAGAUUACAAUACCUAAAGGUACGAUCAAGCUCAAAUUCUUUGACGUCGCCGCGGAGAAUAUCGAGGACAAGUCCGUCACAAUGGAAACGCACAACAAGUCUGGUCCAAUCCAAGUUUUUGUGAUGUCUGCGGAGGAGGAGAAUGACGACGUUGAUUACUGUCGUUCGCUCUAUGAGAGUCCGAUGUGGAAUGCCGACGAUGUGAAAGAGACAGCCAUUAUCCUGAACAAAAUGGACAUAGCAAAGAACAACAAUGAAGAGCUUUUAAAAAGCUUCUUAGAGAAGUAUCCGAAGAUCAUGUUUUUCAAGACUUCCCUUCAAAAUCCCGACGAGAUGAAAAAGGCGAUAGUAACUAUAGUCGAUCAGUACGUCACAGACAACAACAUCAAGUUGAAAAAAGUCAAAGGUUCCAAGAAGGAGAAACCAAAGAAAGAGAAAUCGUCCAAAGACAAAGUAUCGAAGGACAAAGGGUGUAAAAACCAAUAA